AUGUCAUCCGGAACUCAAGGCAACAACGGUACCCUCGUCGUAGCAGGUCCCGAUACAAUUCAGGUCGCCGACUUCUACGUCAAGGCUUCCAUUCUACACCCACUGGUCAUCGGCUCGAUUGCGAUCAUCGUUCUAUUCACUUUUCUGCGUUUCAUCAGCAAUCGCUCCAUCGCAGCAAUGAAUGUCACAGACUGGAUAGCAAACGUCGCAAUCGGAAGUACUCUGGCAGGCAUCGUCAAUGGUAACUCACUCGCUCGCGGUAUGCUUGGACUUGCCACCAUUCUGGGAUUCCAAUUCCUCAUGUCUUUCAUUGGAGCUCGUCUACCCGCUCGACAUGGCUGGAUUUUGUCCUCACCACCAAUCAUCAUUGCUUUUCGGGGUCGUCUUUUGUCCAAAGUUAUGGCUACACAUCGAAUCUCUCUGGGCGACUUUUACGCUUCCUUGCGACAAAAAAACAUACUCGAUAUCUCUCAGGUAGAAUGUGUCUUUAUAGAGGCAAAUGGAUCAUUCUCGAUAUACACAAGAAAAGAGGUGGGCACGUGCGAGAAAGUUGGCGUGCUGAUGCAGGUGCCGGGUUACAAGGCUCUUUGUGAGGACGCCGAUACCAGGAUUGACGCGCUUGACGAUGACAAGCGUAAAACAGAAGGUAGAUGCGACGACGAACAGAAUGAUGUGGCAGGUGACGCUUGCUGAGUGGGCC